AUGACGUCAGUCUGGAGGAAAGAGGGGGGCCCACUGAGAUCCCCUCACUAUCUACUGAGGAUGUGAGAGGCAGUGGCUGCUUCUGCACCACCCCCUUCAUUUCCCCACAAUCAACAGGAAGACUCGAGGCCAAAGAGAGCGGCCAAACUCGGCAGGAAAGGAAGGACAUAGCUGUACAGUCAGAACAAAGGAGAACAAUCAAGGCAAAGGAAUGAGCAAGAAUCAGAAAGAAGUGAAGAAAAUCCAGUCAGUUUAUCUGCAGAACUUGGAAAAACUAAACCAGGGGAUAAAGCCAGACAAGAAAAGUUGGAAACCAAAGGAAGGAGACUUUGCUGUGCAAACAGCAAUGGAAAAGUUGCGACAGCCUCCCAUAGCUGGAAAAGUAACCAAAAGCUCAGCGCACACGCACAGAAUCAGCAGAGAUCUCACCUGCUCCAUCUGCUUGGACCUUUUCAAGCAGCCUGUGUCCUUGCCCUGUGAUCACACCUUCUGCCGGGGUUGCAUUGAGGGUUACUGGACCGGUCCCCGGGGCCCUGGGCAAGGAACCUCAGGCUCCUGCCCUCAGUGCAGGAAGUUGUACCCCGGACAAAGCUACAGGCCUAACCGCAUCGUUGCCAACAUAGUGGAGAGCUACUGUAAGGGUCUUGAGGAGAGCGGGACUGGACCCUGUCUUCCAGAUGUUGCGGUGACAGAGAGGGUUCCUGCUCCGGUCCCACGCUGCAGCAGACACAGAGAAGAGCUGAAGCUUUACUGCGAGGAGGACCAGGAGCUGGUAUGUCUGGUGUGUGGUGUCUCCCAGGAGCACAGAAAUCACACCAUGAUGUGUGUCCAGGAGGCUGAACAGAAAUACAGGGCGUCUCUAAACAGCUCCAUGGAUUCUCUUAAAGCUGAGCUCAACACAGCGCUGCAGUAUGACAGGGAAGCUGAGGACGAGGUUAAAAAGCUCAAGGAGCACACUGCUGACCUAAAGCAGCGCAUCGAGGCCCAGUUCAGCGACCUGCACCAGUUCCUUUACCAGGAGGAGAAGCUGCUGCAGGUGAAGCUGAAGACGGAGGAGCGGAGAGAGCUGAUCCGACUGGAUGAGCACAAAGCCCUGCUGUGCGUGGAGAUUUCUCGUCUGCAGGGAGCCGUCCACGAGAUAGAGGACAAGCUGAAAGAGCAGGAUCCGUUCACUCUGUUGCGGAGCAUCAAAGCCCUUCUCCAGAGACCUUCAUUGAAGUUUGAGAAACCUGCGUUUACACCGCCAAGUCUGUGUGAAGGUCGAUUUGCAGGGCCCCUGCAGUACAGAGUGUGGAAAUCAAUGAAAGGAAGCAUUUAUCCAGUGCCAGCAGCCAUUACAUUUAACUCCAGCACGGCCAACCCUUGGCUCAGUCUGACCUCCUCCCUCACCUGCGUUCGCUACCAGACCUUUAACCACACCGUGCAAGACAACCCAUACAGAUUCAACGCCGCCCUGUCGCUGCUUGGAAGCCAGGGCUUCACCCACGGACGCCACUACUGGGAGAUUGAAGUCUACAGUAGCACGGUCUGGACUGUGGGGGUGGCGCGUGAGUCGGUGCCCAGAAAGGGAGUCAUCAAAGCCCUCCCAGCCAACGGCUUCUGGACUCUCUCCCUCUCUUAUGGGAUACAGUACAUGGCUGGCACUUCACCCCCAAAAGUCCUGUCCCUGGAGGAGCCGCUGGCCAGGAUCGGGGUGUACCUGGACUACAAGAGGGGCCUCGUGUCCUUUUACAACGCAGAGAGCAUGACACACCUCUACACCUUCAGAGAGACCUUCAAGGAGACGCUGUACCCUUACUUCAACUUGGGCUUUCUGGAUAAAGUGCAUGAAAAUGAGCCUCUCAAAGUUUUCUUACCAAAGAUUUAAAAAAAAUACAGCUGACAGGGGAACAAAA